AUGACUGCUAUCUCCGCCAACCCCGUGGCCAACGUCAAGGCCACCGAGGCCAGCCGUGGUCCUUCUCCUCAGCCCACUCACUUCUCCGUUCCUCUGCAAAAUGGAAACGGCGGUAACGGUCACCGCAUUCUGCGAUCUGCCACCGUUGGCUACAUUGCCCCUGAGUUCACUGGCAAGUCAGAGCAGAAGAAGACUGUCAAGUCUUUGAUCUGGGCUGCUGGCUACGUCCCUGAACCUCAAAUUGAUGAGCAGAUUGAGUGGUUCUACGAGAACCUUGGCAUUGAUGAUGUCUACUUUGAGCUUGAGUCUCCCGAUGUCAUCUCUAGCCACAUUACCUCCCUCUAUGCCGCUAAGGUUGCUUCCUUCGCUCGCGAGGACAAGCAGGAGGAGAUCCGACUUGACAUGGAGGCUAACGACCAUGCCAUCUACAUCGACACCAGUGUUGCUGGCCGAACCAACAUUGCUGGUCCUCGCUACGAGGAGCGUCUUGAGGCCAAGUACAUCGACCACCCCGGCUCAAGCAAGUACCGUGUUGAGACUUUCCGAUCUCCCGCUCUCCUGAGCCCCCAGUCCAAGGCCACUCUCCGAUGCUAUUUCGUCUACCAGUGCCGAUUUGCUACUCCUCCUGAGGAGACCGACCCCAAGGAGACCAACCUUGAGCUCAUCGCCGACCACGGCUUCCUCCAGAAGGCCACCGUCAACACCAAGCAGAUCUAUCAGGACAUCAUUGAGCUCGCUGUCAACCGAGCUGGUCCCGUCAUCGAGGUCUUUGACAUCGAGGGCACCGACGAGAAGCGAAUGGUUCUUGCUUUCCGUUCCCGCACUGCCCAGGGUCUCUUCUCUGCCCUCAGUGAUCUUUACCACUACUACGGUGUCACAUCCACCCGAAAGUACCUCGAGCAGUUCUCCAACGGUAUCACCGUCAUGAGUGUUUACCUUCGACCUGCCUCCGAGACCACCGAGAACGCCGACCAGUUCUCUUGGGACGAGUCUAUUGACCAGAUCUCCAAGGAGGUCUCCCUUCUCUACUGUCUCCCCCACAACAAGUUCCACAACCUCUUCCUCGACGGACAGCUCAGCCUCCAGGAGUCCGUCUACGCCCACUCCGCUUGGGUCUUCGUCCAGCACUUCCUCAACCGAUUGGGUCCUGAGUACGCCUCUCUCGCCGAGCUGUUGGAUGUUAAGAACAACGCUCAGCAGGCUCUUCUCUCAAACCUGAAGCGCCGUCUCCGUUCCGAGACUUUCACCCCUGACUACAUCUACGAGAUUAUUCAGAACUACCCCGGUCUCGUUCGCGCCCUCUACGCUUCCUUCGCCAACGUCCACCUUGUGAAGGACCAGGAGGACCCCGUCAAGGUUGUUUCCUCCAGCCUUUCCGUUGAGGUUCUCUCCGACGAUGCUCUCAAGGACAAGAUCUCCAAGAACGUUAACAACGAGCACGACGAGAUGGUGCUUACUGCUUUCCGAGUCUUCAACAACGCCGUCCUCAAGACCAACUACUUCACACCUACAAAGGUUGCCCUGAGCUUCCGUCUCGACCCCUCUUUCCUCCCCGACGUUGAGUACCCCAAGCCCCUCUACGGCAUGUUCCUCGUCAUCAGCUCCGAGUCUCGAGGUUUCCACCUCCGGUUCAAGGACAUCUCUCGUGGUGGUAUCCGAAUCGUCAAGUCUCGCAACAAGGAGGCUUACGGCAUCAACGCCCGAUCUCUCUUCGAUGAGAACUACGGUCUUGCCAGCACUCAGCAGCGCAAGAACAAGGAUAUCCCUGAGGGUGGUUCCAAGGGUGUUAUCCUCCUGGACCCCAAGCAGCAGAACCGUGCUCGCGAGGCUUUCGAGAAGUACAUCGAUAGUAUCCUUGAUCUUCUCCUGCCCGCCGAGACCCCCGGUAUCAAGAACCCCAUUGUUGACCUUUACGGCAAGGAGGAGAUCCUCUUCCUGGGUCCCGAUGAGAACACUGCUGAGCUCGUCGACUGGGCUACUGAGCACGCUCGCUCCCGUGGCGCCCCCUGGUGGAAGUCUUUCUUCACUGGCAAGUCUCCCAAGCUUGGUGGUAUUCCCCACGACACUUACGGCAUGACCACCCUGUCCGUCCGCGAGUACGUCAAGGGUAUCUACCGAAAGCUCGAGCUUGACCCCUCCACCAUCCGCAAGAUGCAGACCGGUGGUCCCGAUGGUGACUUGGGAAGCAACGAGAUCAAGCUCGGUAACGAGAAGUACACCGCCAUUGUCGAUGGCUCUGGUGUCCUUGUCGACCCCAAGGGUCUUGACCGUGAGGAGCUCCUUCGUCUUGCCCACGGCCGCAAGAUGAUCAUCGAGUACGAUGUCUCCAAGCUGUCUGCUGAGGGUUACCGAGUUCUCUGUGAGGAUGUCAACCUCACACUCCCCAGCGGCGAGGUUGUCAACAACGGCACUUCAUUCCGUAACACCUUCCACCUCCGUGACACCGGCGCCGUCGACGUCUUCGUCCCUUGUGGCGGUCGCCCUGCCUCCAUUGACCUUAUCUCGGUCAACCGCCUCAUCAAGGAUGGCAAGUCUGUUGUCCCCUACCUCGUUGAGGGUGCCAACCUCUUCAUCACCCAAGAGGCCAAGCUCCGCCUCGAGGCCGCUGGCUGCAUUCUGUACAAGGAUGCCUCUGCCAACAAGGGUGGUGUGACUUCCUCCUCCCUUGAGGUCCUUGCCUCUCUGUCUUUCGACGACGAGGGCUUCGUCCAGAACAUGUGCCACGAUGCCAACGGCCAGGCUCCCCAGUUCUACCAGGACUACGUCAAGCAGGUGCAGCUCAAGAUUCAGGAGAACGCCCGUCUCGAGUUCGAGGCCAUCUGGCGCGAGCAUGAGCAGACCGGAACUCCCCGAUCUAUCCUCUCCGACAAGCUCUCCGUCGCCAUCACCGACCUCGAUGAGAAGCUCCAGCACUCUGACCUCUGGGACAACGAGAAGAUCCGCCGAUCUAUCCUUGAGGAUGCCCUUCCCCGUCUUCUCCUCGAGAAGAUUGGCCUCGACACCCUGAUUGCUCGCAUCCCCGACUCCUACCUCCGAAGUAUCUUCGGUUCCUACCUUGCCAGCCGUUUCGUCUACGAGUUCGGCAGCAGCCCUAGCCAGUUCGCUUUCUUUGACUUCAUGUCCAAGCGCAUGGCUCAGAUUGAGAAGUAA